CUUACAGCCAACAGUCUUCCACUACACCUAUAUCACAGCCUUACAGCCAACAGUCUUCCACUACACCUAUAUCAUAGCCUUACAGCCAACAGUCUUCCACUACACCUAUAUCACAGCCUUACAGCCAACAGUCUUCCACUACACCUAUAUCACAGCCUUACAGCAACAGUCUUCCACUACACCUAUAUCACAGCCUUACAGCCAACAGUCUUCCACUACACCUAUAUCACAGCCUUACAGCCAACAGUCUUCCACUACACCUAUAUCACAGCCUUACAGCCAACAGUCUUCCACUACACCUAUAUCACAGCCUUACAGCCAACAGUCUUCCACUACACCUAUAUCACAGCCUUACAGCCAACAGUCUUCCACUACACCUAUAUCAUAGCCUUACAGCCAACAGUCUUCCACUACACCUAUAUCACAGCCUUACAGCCAACAGUCUUCCACUACACCUAUAUCACAGCCAACAUUCUUCCACUACACCUAUAUCACAGCCUUACAGCCAACAGUCUUCCACUACACCUAUAUCACAGCCUUACAGCCAACAGUCUUCCAUCACACCUAUAUCACAGCCAAGUCUUCCACUACACCUAUAUCACCGCCUUACAGCCAACAGUCUUCCACUACACCUAUAUCACAGCCAACAGUCUUCCAUCACACCUAUAUCACAGCCAAGUCUUCCACUACACCUAUAUCACAGCCUUACAGCCAACAGUCUUCCACUACACCUAUAUCAUAGCCCUACAGCCAACAGUCUCCCACUACAUCUAUAUCACAGCCUUACAGCCAACAGUCUUCCACUACACCUAUAUCACAGCCUUACAGCCAACAGUCUUCCACUACACCUAUAUCACAGCCUUACAGCCAACAGUCUUCCACUACACCUAUAUCAUAGCCUUACAGCCAACAGUCUUCCACUACACCUAUAUCACAGCCUUACAGCCAACAGUCUUCCACUACACCUAUAUCACAGCCUUACAGCCAACAGUCUUCCACUACACCUAUAUCACAGCCAACAGUCUUCCACUACACCUAUAUCAUAGCCUUACAGCCAACAGUCUUCCACUACACCUAUAUCACAGCCUUACAGCCAACAGUCUUCCACUACACCUAUAUCACAGCCUUACAGCCAACAGUCUUCCACUACACCUAUAUCACAGCCUACAGCCAACAGUCUUCCACUACACCUAUAUCACAGCCAACAGUCUUCCACUACACCUAUAUCAUAGCCUUACAGCCAACAGUCUUCCACUACACCUAUAUCACAGCCUUACAGCCAACAGUCUUCCACUACACCUAUAUCACAGCCUUACAGCCAACAGUCUUCCACUACACCUAUAUCACAGCCAACAGUCUUCCACUACACCUAUAUCAUAGCCUUACAGCCAACAGUCUUCCACUACACCUAUAUCACAGCCUUACAGCCAACAGUCUUCCACUACACCUAUAUCACAGCCUUACAGCCAACAGUCUUCCACUACACCAUAUCACAGUCUUAACAGCCAACAGUCUUCCACUACACCUAUAUCACAGCCUUACAGCCAACAGUCUUCCACCACAUUUAUAUCACAGCCAACAGUCUUCCACUACACCUAUAUCACAGCCUUUUACAGCCACAGUCUUCCACUACAUCUAUAUCACAGCCUUACAGCCAACAGUCUUCCACUACACCUAUAUCACAGCCAACAGUCUUCCACUACAACCUAUAUCAGAGCCUUACAGCCAACAGUCUUCCACUACACCUAUAAUCCAGCCUUACAGUCCAACAGAUCCACUACACCUAUAAUCACAGCCUUAACCAACAGUCUUCCCCAACAACCUAUAUCACAGCCUUACAGCCAACAGUCUUUCCACUAACACCUAUAUCACAGCCUUAUCAGCCAACAGUCUUCCACUACACCUAUAUUCACAGCCUUACAGCCAACAGUCUCCACUACAACCGAUACACAGCCUUACAGCCAACAGUCUUCCACUACACCUAUAUCACAGCCACAGUCUUCCACUACACCUAUAUCAUAGCCUUACAGCCACACAGUCUUCCCUACACCUAUAUCACAGCCUUACAGCCAACAGUCUUCCACUACAACCUAUAUCACAGCCUUACAGCCAACAGUCUUCCACUACACCUAUAUCACAGCCUUACAGCCAACCAUCUUCCACUACCACCUAUAUCACACCUUACAGCCAACAGUCUUCCACUACACCUAUAUCACAGUCUUAACAGCCAACAGUCCUUCCACUACACCUAUAUCACAGCCUUACAGCCAACAGUCUUCCACUACACACCUAUAUCACAGCCAAGUCUUCCACUACACCUAUAUCACAGCCUUACAGCCAACAGUCUUCCACUAACACCUAUAUCACAGCCUUACAGCCAACAGUCUUCCACUACACCUAUAUCACAGCCAAGUCUUCCACUACACCUAUAUCACAGCCUUACAGCCAACAGUCUUCCACUACACCUAUAUCACAGCCUUACAGCCAACAGUCUUCCACUACACCUAUAUCAUAGCCUUACAAGCCAACAAGUCUUCCACUACAACCUAUAUCACAGCCUUACAGCCAACAGUCUUCCCACUACACCUAUAUCACAGCCUUACAGCCAACAGUCUUCCAUCACACCUAUAUCACAGCCAAGUCUUCCACUACACCUAUAUCACAGCCUUACAGCCAACAGUCUUCCACUACACCUAUAUCACAGCCAACAGUCUUCCACUACACCUAUAUCAUAGCCUUACAGCCAACAGUCUUCCACUACACCUAUAUCACAGCCUUACAGCCAACAGUCUUCCACUACAACCCUAUAUCACAGCCUUACAGCCAACAGUCUUCCACUACACCUAUAUCACAGCCUUACAGCCAACAGUCUUCCACUACACCUAUAUCACAGUCUUACAGCCAACAGUCUUCCACUACACCUAUAUCACAAUCUUACAGCCAACAGUCUUCCACCACAUUUAUAUCACAGCCAACAGUCUUCCACUACACCUAUAUCACAGCCUUACAGCCAACAUUCUUCCACUACACCUAUAUCACAGCCUUACAGCCAACAGUCUUCCACUACACCUAUAUCACAGCCUUACAGCCAACAGUCUUCCACUACACCUAUAUCACAGCCUUACAGCCAACAGUCUUCCACUACACCUAUAUCACAGCCUUACAGCCAACAGUCUUCCACUACACCCUACAUCACAGCCAACAGUCUUCCACUACACCUAUAUCACAGGCCCUCCUAUACACAGCCUUACAGCCAACAGUCUUCCACUACACCUAUAUCACAGCCUUACAGCCAACAGUCUUCCACUACACCUAUAUCACAGCCUUACAGCCAACAGUCUUCCACUACACCUAUAUCACAGCCUUACAGCCAACAGUCUUCCACUACUACACCUAUAUCACAGCCUUACAGCCAACAGUCUUCCACUACACCUAUAUCACAGCCUUACAGCCAACAGUCUUCCACUACACCUAUAUCACAGCCUUACAGCCAACAGUCUUCCACUACACCUAUAUCACAGCCUUACAGCCAACAGUCUUCCACUACACCUACAUCACAGCCUUACAGCCAACAGUCUUCCACUACACCUAUUUGACAGCCUUACAGCCAACAGUCUUCCACUACACCUAUAUCACAGCCUUACAGCCAACAGUCUUCCACUACACCUAUAUCACAGCC